AUGAGGUGGUCGACGUUUGCUCUCCUCGCGGCCGUGGCCGUGGCCCAGGACACAACCACAACCACCGAGUCGAGCACCACCGAGUCGAGCACCACCGAGUCGAGCACCACCGAGUCAACCACGGUCAAGUCAGUGACGACGCCCGUCGCCCCGCCCUCAGGUACCUACCUAGAGGUCAGCACAACAAUUACUUUGGGAGAUGGUGAAACAUCCGUCGUGGCCGCGCCGACCGAACACAAUGGCACGAUGCCGGCCUCCAACCAGACCACAUUCACCACGACGUCCGACUCCUUGACAUUCCUCGUCGGCGGCGGCAGAACCUCGGUGAUCGGGAACGGCACGAUGAAUGCGACGGCGACGGCGACUAGUACCGCGACCAAGACGCCCAUAGUCAACACGCAACCCUGCAAUAACUAUCCCGAGUUCUGUGGGAGAAAGUACUCCAAUAUCACCAUGAUCGCCGCGCACAACAGCCCGUUCGUGCGUCCGAACAACCUCGGCGCCAAUCAAGCGCUGGACGUGACGCAACAGCUGAAUGACGGAGUUCGCAUGUUGCAAUUCCAAACCCACUACGUGAACGGCACCAUAUACCUGUGCCACACGACCUGCGAUUUGCUGAACGCCGGCACCCUCGAAGCAUACCUGUCCGACGUCAACAAAUGGAUGCGCAAGAACCCCUAUGACGUGGUGAGCUUUAUCAUCGGCAAUUUCGACUUUGUCAAGCCCGAGAACUUCACGAUCCCGAUCAUGAACUCCGGUCUGAAGGACUUGAUCUACAGCCCGCCCAAGGCUCCCAUGGCUCUGGACGACUGGCCUACGCUCUCCGAGAUGAUCCUCAAGCACAAGCGCGCCGUCUUCUUCAUGGACUACGAGGCCAACCAGACCUCACACCCGUGGCUCAUGGACGAGUUCUCACAGGUUUGGGAGACACCCUUCUCGCCCACCGAUCUCACCUUCCCUUGCACACAACAACGGCCACCGGGUCUGUCCAAGAAAGAUGCCAAGAAGCGCAUGUACAUGGCUAACCACAACCUGAAUCUGGAAUUGAAUCUGGGCCCGCUGAACAUAUUGAUUCCCAACAUGGCCCAGCUAUCUGUGACCAAUGGAGUGAACGGCAGUGGUAGUUUGGGUGCGAUGGCGGAGAACUGCACUGGGGAAUGGCAACGUCCACCCAACUUCCUCCUUGUCGAUUACUACAACUAUGGUAGGCCCAAUGGCACCGUCUUCGAGGUCGCUGCCAAGAUGAACAAUGUCACAUACAACCGUAAAUGCUGUGGCAUGGAAUCUGGCGCACUGCGUGAGGCUUCUGUCGGCAUGUCGAUGGUGCUGCUGGUGGUAGUGGGAGUACAGAUGCUGAUGUCCGUGUUUUGA